UCUUUUUCCACUCUUGUGCCAUUUUUUGUGUCUUUAUGUUGUUUUAUUUGUGCAGUUGUUACUUUGGGAGCGUGUUGCUGGAGUGUGUGUGUGGGGGGGGGGGCGUAUCACUCCCGAUUUGUCCCGUCAUUGAGUCAAAUGAAAGUAAACUAGUUUAAGUGAUCGUCAAGCUGUUUCAUUCAUUUUUUCCCCCUGACACUUAUUAAUCAUUCGUUUUUAUUGGUGUAUUUGAUGUGUUUUACAAUAUUUGGGUCUCUGGGUCCAAACGAUGCCCCUUUGUAUUUUUUUUCUCUCGCUCUUAAAAAUUCAUAGUAUUAGAGGUGUCCAAAAAAUGGACAACGAGGAUUAACAGGACGAGAAUCGGGUCGUGUCGAGAAGUCCCGAAUUUUUUUCCAAUGAAAUCCUUCUCAUCCCGAGCGUUGGUAGUUGAAUUUACCCCGCUCGGAGCGCUCACGGAUCGUGAACGCGUCACGGGUUGCGUGGCGAAAAACUCCGUGGGUCAGUGAACGCGUCGGGCGGAGGGCGGUGAGGGAAGAAGAAAAAGUGGCUGGGGGGGGGGGCAUUUUUUUUUUUUUUUUUUUUUUUUAAAAAGCCUCUCGAAGCACGGCCAAAAGUCUCAGCGUGGACGUCGAGCCGUGUCCCGAGCUUUCGUUUGGCGGAUUGGACGAUGAGGAGCGAGCCUGUCCUUUUUACUUCCAGCGGCGCAAUGGAGGAGCUGGUGCACGAGCUCCGGCUGUUCCUGGACCUGCUGGACCGGGAGUACCUCAGCGCCGGAAUCCGAGAGAAAAAGACUCACCUGUCCAACAUCCUCAACCGAGUCCUCUCGGAGAAAGAGCCGUCAUGUAAAGCAGAGAUCCCCAGCGGACUCCCCGCACCCCCACAAAUGCCGCUGCCCGAAAUCCCUCACCCGUGGCUGGCUCCAAAUAACGGCCCCCCUCCUCUACCCAGCUCGUCCCUCCCGGAAGGUUACUACGAAGAAGCGGUGCCUUUAAGCCCCGGCAAGGCGCCGGAAUACAUCACAUCGAACUACGACUCGGACGCCAUGAGCAGCUCGUACGAGUCGUACGACGAGGAAGAAGAGGACGACAAGGGUCGCAAGACGCGCCACCAGUGGCCCUCCGAAGAAGCCUCCAUGGAUUUGGUGAAGGACGCUCGGAUCUGCGCUUUCCUGCUGCGCAAAAAACGCUUCGGCCAGUGGUCCAAGCUUCUCUGCGUCAUCAAAGAGAGCAAACUUCUGUGUUACAAAUCAUCCAAAGACCAGACGCCGCAAAUGGAGCUGAGCCUGCCGGGUUGCAGCGUCAGCCACGUCCCCAAAGACGGCAAGAAGAAACGCCACGAGCUGAAGAUCGUCCACCAGGGGGCGGACGCGCUGGUGCUGGCCGUGCAGAGCAAAGAACAGGCGGACGAGUGGCUCAAGGUCAUGAGAGAGGUGUGCGGUAACGGGACUUAUGAAUUGGAUCGCUCCGGGUCGCCAGUCCACAAGCCAGAACUGGAAAAGAAAUCCUCGUCCGACAGGCCAAGCUCGGACGGCGAGGCCACGCCCGAGAACGGACACGCGGACAACAAGGACCACGGUACGAUCUCCCGCGGCGAGCGUUCCGUGCCAAUCCAUCCGUGGGAUCCUUUUGUCGGCGGCGUUCCAGGGAAAGGGAAGAAGAAUUCCAAGUCAGAGCAGGGCAAGACCGGCACGGUCGGGAAAGGCGCCGGGAAGAAGAUCACCAAAAUCAUCGGGCUGGGCAAGAAGAAGGCCUCCACGGAGGAGCAGACGUCGUCGGCGGAGGAAGACGUCCCCACCAGUGGCUACCUGAACGUGCUGUCCAACAACCAGUGGCGAGAGCGCUGGUGCCGCCUGAAAGACAACCAGCUGCUGCUGCACAAAGACCGGGACGACCUGAAGAGCCACGUGGCUUCGCUGCCCCUCCGAGGCUGCGAGGUCAGCCCCGGCCUGGACCACAAGCACCCCUUCGCCUUCCGCUUGCUCCGCAACGGGCAGGAGGUGGCCGUACUGGAGGCGUCCUCCUCCGAAGCCAUGGGCCGCUGGAUCGGGGUCUUACUGGCCGAGACGGGCUCCGCCGCGGACCUGGCCGACCUGCAUUACGACUACAUCGACGUGGAGACCACGGCCAACGUGAUCCAGCUGGCCAAACAGUCGCUCUGUUUUAGCAGCAAGCGUGCGGUCUCCUCCAACCCGUACCUGGACAACCCGGGCGGCAGCUACGCCUGCCCCAGCGGGACGGCGUUGCACUACCACGACGUGCCCGUCGACGGAACGUUUAAGGGAAAGAAGGGGAGCGCAAGCAAUGGCCUUGCAUCCAAACUGAAGGCGGAUCCGAGAAGUCAGCAAAAGAAGGGCGGCGGCGCCGCAACGAACGGCACGGCCUCGCUGACGCGCAGUAACUCCAACGCCGAGCAAUGUAAAUACGGGAAGAACCGCGUGGAGGCCGACGCCAAGCGGCUGCAGGCCAAAGACGACGAGCUGACCAAGAGGAAGCUGGACAUCAGGAACCAUCUGGCCUCUCUGAAGAAGGAACGCAAGGACCUGCGCGACGCCAUCGAGGCGUCCUCGGGCAAGCGCUCGCAGGCCUCCCUGUCGGAACGACUGAAGAAGGUGGAAGACGAGUGCAGACAGAAGGAAGAAGAGCGAGUCAACCUGGAGCUGGAGCUGACCGAGGUCAAAGGCAGCCUGAAGAAGGCGCUGAGCGGCGGGGUCACCCUGGGCCUCGCCAUCCAACCCAAAGCCGCUCCGGCGGCCGUCCAGGUGGACAUCGACAAGUGGCCUGCUCCAGUUCUUUCUUUCUCUUUCCCUCCUAUCCUAUCCAAGCAAUCCGACUUCCUCUCACUCCACAAUUGUGUACGGCAAACGGCGAGUUUCCCUCGUGACUUGUUGUUCUUGCCGUGCCAGUCACCGGCGACGUUACGACGGCGCCAGGAGUCUUCGCCGUUCUCCAGCUGCGACACCAGCGACGCCGAGACCUGCGCGGGCUCCCUGCCCGUCAACAGCGCCUCGCUGCUGCGCCGGCAGCAGCGAGGCGGCCCCAAGGCCUCGCCGGUGCGGGGGCACGUCCUCAGGAAGGCCAAGGUCGCCACCUUCCCCGUGAUGUAUCCUUGUUUCUUUGACAAGAUGAUGGAAAAAUGUGUUUGUUUUCCAGGAAUGGGAACAGAAGAGCGGAACAUAAAUCUCCUCCUUUCGCUCUGAGGCUCCAUUCACGGCCCGCUUUGGAUUUCGGGGCUUCCAGCCAAUCUUUUCCACGUCACAAAACAAAGGCGCCUUCCCACCCCGGCGGAACGAGUUUGAGACGCCACGUCGGGACGUCCGUGCGGACGUCGGGAUUUCUGGCCACGUGUGGAAGAGGCCCGGGUCGGAUGGAGUGGGGGGGGGGAGAAAAAAAGAAAUUGGCCUGCGGCGUGAACUUAGCCUUAGAUUCUUUUCUCGAGCAGACAUUGAAGAUGUAUUUAUUUAAAAGUGUCUUUCCGCACACUCGUAUGUACCGAACCAAAACCCCCAAAGACAAACGCUGGUGUUGAGACAUUUUUGUACUGUUGCGCACGCUUUGUGUACAUACUGCAUCCGUGCAGAUUGUGUUGUUAUUUUUGCCUCUCUCUCCAAAGCCUCUCUCAACAGAUUCAGUCGGAAUUCAAUAUUUAUUUGUAAAUGUUUCCGGGGGAGGAAAAAAACAAAACACAAAAAAAAACAACAAAAAAACCCCCACAGUAGCUUCCCUCUAUUUAUGUUGAUAUAUUUAAAGUAUAUAUGUAGAAAACAUGUUUUGUUUUGUUUUUUGUACACAAUACGUUCUCACACUUGCAGGGAACGCAUUUUGGGAACCUUUCUUGAACCUGUUAAUACUCAUCUUUUUUUUUUUUUGAAUCACGCCGGUGGCUCCUAAUCGCUCCCUACCAAAUAUUGCAACCGCUCUGAAAAGAAGAAAAAAAAAAAAAAGUCAAAUAACUCGUCGCCCAUUCCCAGUUCCGACAGUACAUUUCGUUGUUAUUGACUGACGCAUUGACACUUUUGUUUAGUUUUUACAUUUACAUGACGAGGUGGGGGGGGGGGCAUUUUCCAUGAAAUGUGGCAAUAUCGCUGGGAAAAAUGCGCAUCCUGUCCAUCCUUUUUUUUUUUUUUUUUUUUUAAUAAUAGCGACUAACAUUUGGUCGACGUGGCUUCCCUUCCGCCAUUAAAUGUGAACCUGCCGUAUGUAGCGUUGUCGAACUCAUCUGACAAUUUGCGGGGGACGUUUUUGUUUGACGUAUUUGUUUUUUUCGUUUGCACCUUAUAAAUGUUUGUCUUUAUUUUCAUUUUUGGACAGUCGCCACCUCGGCGACGGUAACGUGCUUUUUUGAGAGACCUUCUGUAUUUACUGAAUGAUAUCAAUAAAUACCUUCAUACGUUG